GAGAUGAUUUAUUUACAGAGUAGGAUGACGAAUUUCGAAGAUCGGAUAAGUCAACUACCUGAUGAAAUUCUGGGUACCAUUCUGUCUCUACUUAACAUUGUGGAAGCAGCAAGCACAUGUGUCCUCUCCAAGAGAUGGCAAUAUUUAUGGACUCAUCAUGCUAAAGUCCUCCACUUUUAUUUUCCAAAGAUCCUGAGGGCCAUUGACAAGGUUGCCGGAGAUGAAUCCCGUGGCAGAACUGUUACAGACAAGUACCUACAUUGUGUGAAUCGAGUUAUACAAUUACAUCAGGGUCCCCAUAUAACCGAUUUCAAAGUCCUCUUAUAUUUGUCUCGCAAGGACUCUUAUCACGACAUCGAUGAGUGGUUCAGUUUUGCCAUCCGCAAGUCCGUUCAAAGGCUUGAAGUUAACUUAUGUGGUUAUACUCGUCUAGGAGAACGACUCCACAUGGACACGAUGUGUGCUAUUGACAGAAACAUACGACUUCCUUGGCCGUGUUAUACUCUCGCCGAUGAAGUUUGUUCUCUCAUCAAAAGCCCUUACGGUGUAUCAUGCAUUAAGUCACUUAUGCAACUCUCUUUAACAUGUGUCAAUAUAACUGGGGAGCUUGUUGAGCACUUCUUAUCGAACUGUCCACUUCUCAUUGUGUUGCGUGUAUCCUACUCAGAGAGUCUGGUAAAGCUUAAGGUUGCCGGUCCUUCGCUUGGCCUCAAGUUCUUAGAGAUAUCCAGAUGCCCUAGAUUACGAACUGUUGAUAUUUGUGCCCCAAACCUUGCCUCCUUGAUCUGUCUUGGAUUUUCUAGUUGUCCAACCCCAGUUCUUGUUAGGCAUGCUCCUUCAUUGGUAGAUCUGACUGUUUCACAGCGUGAAGGGUUUUUGACUGCUCUUCCCGCAGUUUAUUUCUCUCAACUAGAGAGCCUGACAUUGAGCUUUGAUUUCUCUUCCUUGGACAAUUAUGCACCCCCACCUUUUCCGGAAUUGACUAAUCUGAAGAACUUGACAUUUGCUGGGUAUGCUGAGGAAGAAGACAGUUUCCUUGGUUGGACUUCCCUAAUUGAGAGAGCUCCCUUCUUGCGUACAUUUACGUUACAGUUGAUGUCACCUACAAGGAUACAGAUGCAAACUGAGAUGGAGCCUACCGAACGUCAUCUUCACAGAUGCCUUGAGGUGGUGAAAUUUGUUGGCUGUAUCGAUUUCGAGCUUUUAGCCUACUUUUUCCAGCGUGCUGUGGCACUUAAGACAAUUAUUGUUGAUUGCCGCCAUCCAGGCUUAGAGCCAUGGCAUGAGUUCAAAGAAAAUGAGAGUUCGAUGGAAUUGAGAAACCAUGCUUCGGUUCUGAAAGUACAAGUACCUCCUAAAAUCGAGGUAGUUAUAUCCCCAUGAUCUCCUACCCACUCAGUGGCAUAUUCGAGAUCCACCCAACAACUGAGAAACUUUCAUGUAUCACGGGGACAGGAGGGGUGGUGAUGUCCCCCUCCGGUCCAUUUUCAAAUUUCCGGCCAUUUUUCGAGCACACUUUGAUGAUCAGUUCCGUUUAUUUUGUAGAUCUUGGCAAGAACAUUAAUCAUGCCAAAAAUUGUGUUCACCCUCCGUAUAUGAUGCGAAAAGUUUUUACUG